UAUUCGUGGCUUCUCUGCGCGUAAGUCGCUUUUUCUCCGCGGCUUCUCUAAGGCGCCUCGUUAAAAAGGGGGGAAAAGUUUUUCAAGACGGUCGCGGAGCUUGGUCGCGCAGCGCCGCGAGUGCCCGUUUUGUAUCCCGCAGGCGUCGACCGCGCGGUUGCGAAGCGGCGGGAGAUGCGGCCCCUGGACGUGGUGGAGCUGGCGGAGCCCGAGGAGGUGGAGGUGCUGGAGCCCGAGGAGGACUUCGAGCAGUUCCUGCUGCCGGUCAUCAGCGAGAUGCGCGAGGACAUGGCGUCGCUGACGCGCGCGCGCGGGCGGCCGUGCGGGGCCGGGCGGAGCGGCGGCAAGCUGUGGGAGAUGGACAAUACGCUCAUCCAGACGAAGACGCAGGUGGAGGCCUCGGAGGAGAGCGCCCUGAACCACCUGCAGAGCGCGGACGGCGGCGCCGCGGCCGCCAGGGCCGCCAGGGCCGAGAGGGCCGAGGAGAAGGCGCGGGAGGCGGCCAAGAUGGCCGAGAUGCUGGUGGCGCUGGUGCGGCGGAUAGAGAAGGGCGAGUCGUCGUGAGGGGCGCGGUCCCCAGCCCGCGGCUUCCGGUCGAGCGCCGCAGAUGGCCGACACCCCGAGAAGCUGAAACCCGAGAGCCUUUUGUCCCCCGUCCCCCGUCUGCCCCGUCCCGUCCUCGCUCACACUACGUUCCUGCUACGGUCUGCGGCUGACGACCUCGAUCGAUCAGGGGUGCUGGGGGUUGGAGGUUUGGUUUGGUCGAUUUGGAAAAUGAAUGCUCUCACCUACAGGAAUUAGGGCCCAGAUUGUAAGCCCCUGCGGCAGUCACGUUUGUUCCCCGGCUUCGGAGGUCCUUGCUCAAUUUCGAGGUGCUCUGCUCUUUCCUGGGUGACCCCGGUGGCGCCCCGGACUGUGGGUCUGUGUGACGCGGGACCGGAGUUGCUGCGCUCGCUCUGGAAGAAGGAAGACGAAUGACUCUGCACGGUGCUGAAGAAGGGACCCGACUGCGCCUGGGAAUCGGAUGGGCCUGACCUGCAGGACUGAUGCCUCGGAAAGAGGGAUAGAGGGUGUUUGUGUUUGUAUUUGGGGACUUUAAUUUCUGUGUGAGACCAAAGGAGGAGAGAUGUAUUUUGUUCAAAAUUUAAAUUUUAUGUGAAACGCUAUCUGAUGUAACCUGUCUGAUGACUUUGUUGGGACAACCUGACUCAGCUCUGUUUGACAUGGAACAUAGACUAGAUGAGACCUUGGUAUUCUGUACAGUUGGUGUAACACCCCCACGCCUCUCAGGGGACUCUGGGCAUAAAGUUAAAAGAUACUUGCAAUGGCCCUUCAUGGGCCGGGAAGGAAAACGUGUAACUGUCGGCAGUGGACCCUAUGCUGGGCGGGGAAGAGGCGUCUUCAAGAUUCAUAAUGUCCAGCUAUAAGUUUAUUUGAGUAGCAGAUCUGAUAAGUAUUUGAGGUCAAAACCCUACCAUGUUUGAAAAAAAACUUACCAUGUUAAUAAAAGUAUUCAUUUGCUUGAAAAGA